UUAAUGGAUGGUGUAGGAGGUCUCCCCUGUUACCCAGUGACUUAAUCAGUCAAAGGCAUGGUGGGGGGGAGCUGAGAUGCUCCAUGCUUCCUCAUUCCUGAGAGUUCACUGCUUGCUCUCACCACCCCUUAGCUGAGUUCAGUUAUUUAAGCAGGACAGCCUGGGAGAAUGCAUCAUGCAAAGGACAGGAGCUGUGCUGAACACUGUGUGGGUCCUUCAGGCACCUGGAGUUUGGCUUGUCUUCGUAGGUGCAGCGACCAUGGCAUCCCAAGGCCAGGUCAUAUUCUGGAGCCUGACCAUGGUCAUUAUCGUCCUGGCUGCAGUGAUCGCCCUGAUCAUCGGGUUUGGUGUCUCAGGAAAGCGCUCCAUCAGCGUCACCGCCUUGACGUCCCCUGGGAACAUCGGCCAGAGCGGCCUCUUGGGCUGCACCUUCGAGCCUGACAUCAGGAUGGGCAGCAUAGCAAUUCGGUGGGCAAAGGCUGGAGUGGCCGGGCUGGUUCACGAGUUUAGAGGGGGGAAGGACCACCUGCAAGAGCAAGACGUGGAAUUUCAUGGCCGUACGGCGGUGUUUGCGGACCAGGUGAUCGGUGGAAAUGCUUCCCUGGAGCUGAGAGACGUGAAGCUCUCCGACGCCGGUACCUACAGGUGCUCUGUCACCACGUCCCGAGGGAGCGGGAUGGCGGAGCUGCAGUACCAGACGGGAGCCUUCAGCACCCCCCAGGUCCAGGUGGAGAACAGCAGCAGCAGGGACACGCUGCAGUGCAAAGCACCACGGUGGUUCCCUCGACCCACCGUGCACUGGACAGCCUACAGCGACACAGGGAAGUGCCUGCCUCGGGUUGCCAACACCAGCUAUGAGCUGAACUCUGAAAACAUCACUCUGAAGGUGGUCUCCCUGCUGCAUAACAUUACUGCUAACGCCACCUACACCUGUGUGAUUGAAAACAGCAUUGCCAAGGCCACAGGUGACAUCAAGGUGACAGAUUUCAGCAUUACCAGGGGGACCAACUUGCAGCUGGUGAACCUGAACACAGAGUCAGUGUCCUCCUCCCUUCCAGCCUGUCACUGGAUGCUUCUGCUUCCUGUGUGCCUGCUGUCAGUAUAAAACAUCUGGAAACACUGCUGGACCAAGGAGGUGAGCUUGGAAAGAGAAAUCGAUAAGCAUAUAUGCUUGGUACGAUACAUGGAAGCUCUUGCUGAGCUCUGUUACAGCAGCAGGUUUAACUCAAGCCUGGCAGAAUGGGAGGACAUGUCUUCUUCCUGCCUACAGCCUUUCUCCAUGCUCAAAGUUAGGUGGGACACGUGGCUUGUCCCCACCACAGGCUCCCUGCUGACUUUCUGCAACUCCAGAUGUUCUCCUCUUACAUUGUCUACACCAUCACUUAUUCUUCCCUUCAUUUUCCCUUCAUGAUUCUAUGAUUUUAUUUUCCUUCCCUCCUCAACCUUCUCUUUGACCCUAAAAGUGGACUUCUGGCUUGCUGCUCUGAGCGCUCUCCGAGCCUCAAAUACAGUUCAAGGCUGCAAGGCCAGGUGAAAAAAAACCAAAAAAAAACCCCACAGAACAAAUGCCUUUGCUAUUGAUUAGCAUUGCAGCAAACUGGUGAUGGAGAGCUACAGAAAAAUUAGCUAUAAAAUGAUCAACUCUGUCCUUCCAUGCAGAACAGUCAUUACAGCUACCCUGACGCGGAACAUGCUUCAUGCUUUCUUCCCUCUUGGGUUGAGAAAUUUUUAAGACCAACUCCCAGUUCCAAGAGCACGUAGUGGCACAAAGUGAAGCCAGUUGAUUUUUCCUUUGUAUUUGUUACUCAUGCCAACAACAGGAUACUUUGGCUUCAGAAAGAGAGUGAGGAUUGUGAUAAGAACAGUUGCAUAAAUAAAGGAAAAACUCUGAUCAUGGGAACGAGAUGUGUUCUCUUGUCUGAAGUAACACAGUGACCAGAACUCUGAUCGUGGACAGAGAUAAACAGAAAAAGGGUUACCUGUAACGGAUCUGGGAAAUGGUCCUUCAAACCCAGAACACUAAAAGCAGGCAAAUCAAAGAGAUUUGAUUUAUCUGUCUCAUGUUUUGUGAUUCUCUGAAUAUAUUAAUAAAACUGUAAGUAAUCUAUUUAAUCUUCUCAGAAAACCAUAAUGAAUCUCCUUUUCUGAAAAAGGCAUUGUGAAUGGCAAAACCCUGAUGGAUUAGAAAAUACCUAACAGGCUAACUGAUGGAUUAGAAAAUAGCUAACACUGGAGUAAAUGUUAGGUUUUCAACCUCACAAAGGUAAACAGCCUCUGAAGUCCUUUAUUAGGAUGAAUGAUUACAUUUGUAACAGGAAUUAAGAGGAGUAGGAGAGUAGUAAUAGAGGAAGCAGACAGAUGACUAAAAUAAUGAGGAGGAAAAGAGGGAGAAUAGUAUUACUGGAAAGUUCAAGUUCAGAAAUAAACCCAGUUAUUCAACACAAUUAAGACUACACAUACAAAUUUGCCUUUUUGUUUUUUAAAGUCUCUUAUCUAGCACUUCCUAUCUAUUUCUGAAGCACUGUUUGUUACUACUUCAUUUUACAGGAUACUUUCAGUUGCACUUUUUAAUCAGAUUUUGAUCUCUGUAUCUUAGGUCCUUACAGUCAAUGUUUUCCUCGGGCUGAGAUAAGCUUAUUUUUGUUUGCUUUUGUUUUUCUUGGGGGAGAGGGGUGAGCUUCAGCAAAAUCUUUUACCAUUUCUAAGAAAGCCUCUGCAGGAGGUGGGGAAAAAAAACAACAAAAAACUGUCACAGCAAAACUUGUGCAGACCUUUCCUUUAAGCUGUUUUGCAGCCUCCUUUACGAUGGAGUAUCAGAACUUUGUUGAACGAAUAGAGGCACUGGUCAGGUCUUGGGCCACUUGUGCUUUGUUCUGGAAGUGCCCAGCAGGCCUUGAAAGUGAAGACACUUUACACAUGCUCAGUAAACCCAUCACCUGAAGUUUAAUUAUAAAUGAACAAAUGAAACCCAAAAUAGAGUAGCUGUUCAAAUACGCACUACACACUGAGUAAGGUGGGGAAGUGAAUUUACUAACCUGUAGCACAGGAUGAAGGAUCUGGAUGUUAUUUUGACAAAAACAAGUGCAGAACACUCAGCCAUCACUGCAAGCAGAUGUCAAGUGGUGAUCUCCCUCCCGUGUGUCGUACCAGCUAGGCUGCCAUGCCGCUACAGAUACAGGCACGUACCCUUGCAGUCGUUCCCUUCCCAAUCAGUGGCAGAUGGACAAACCUGUAGCAUGUUGUGAACUCGUACCAGAGCUCACUGCAUCCUUCUUGUUCCCAGCCCCAGGUAACGUUCAGGCCACUGUUUAAACUGUAAAACAACGCUUGUAUAGUGCUGUGAUUUAGUGCCAUGGUUUAGUCUCCAAACAGUAAUUUAUUCACUUCCCUUCUCCUCUUGGAGGAAGGAAAUCAUUUAAAAUAAUUUCAAUAAUUUCAAGCGGGUUAAGGAGAAUUUCCCCUGUGGCAACUGCAGUUUCCCAUGAAGAUAGUGAAUGAUUUGCAAAAGGCCUGGCCCUGGCUCAUAAACCAAGAAUCUACAUUCUGCUUCAGUUCUCCAUACAGCAAGUAAAAGAAUAUUAAAAUAGACACUGUUAUU